AUGGCAACGCAACCUUCCUCUUCUUCGCCACCCUCGUCGAUGAAAGUCCUCACCCUGAACGUGUGGGGCCUGGCGCACAUCUCCAAAGCGCGGCAAUUCCGCAUCGGCCACAUCGCCGAUCGCAUCGCAGAGGGCGACUGGGAUGUUGUAGCUCUUCAGGAGAUUUGGGUCGAGAGUGACGAUUGGCGUAUGCUCAGAGCGAGAUGUUCUGAUCGAUUGCAGUACUCCAAGUUCUUCCUGAGCGGCGCCUUUGGGUCAGGCCUAGCCAUCCUGUCUAGAUUCCCGAUUAGAGCCACGCAUACUCACCCUUACACGCUCAAUGGGCUGCCGAUUCAUGUUGGCCACGGCGACUGGUUCGUGGGCAAGGCGGCGGGAAGUGCGACAUUGGACUUGGGAGACGGCUUUCUCGUCGAUGUCUUUGAUACCCAUACCGUCGCUGCUGGAGGAGAAAGCGGGCCAGAAAAGAGCCGCUCACAUCGCAUCGUACAAGCAUGGGAGCUGGCCAAACUUGUACAGAACAGCGCCGAGCGAGGACGUCAUGUCAUUGCCCUUGGCGACUUCAAUUCGACACCACCCUCCCUCUCUAUGUCCAUCCUCCGCCACGUCGGUCAGCUACAGGACGCCUAUCUCGCAACGCAUCCCUCUCUUCCUCCUCAUUCGACCUCCUUGCCUGGCCACGACUCAGCAAGGGGUGCCUCACCUGAUCCGCAGCGCUGCAUCGACGAGCUAGGCGUGACGUGCGACUCGCCCCUCAACACUUGGACAGCGGGCAAGAAGCUCGACCCUCGCGCGUUGGCUGGAGCGGGCAAGAGACUCGACUACGUCUUCUAUCGUGGACCUUGUCAUCCCGACUUGCUGCAAAGCUCAACAGCCGGAGCGAGCAUUCGACUCAAGCCAGUUGACUGCAGAGUCGUCUUCACCGAAUUGAUCCCUGGAAGCAACAUGAGCUACACAGAUCAUUUCGGGCUCGAGGCCGUCUUUGAGAUCUUGCCUAAGACAGAACCUUCAAGUUCGCCGGCCAAAUUCUCAACAGCCCUCGCGUCAAAGAGUGUCGCACAGACGCUGACCACCGCCAUGACCGUACUGAGCUCGUACUUGCAAGUCUCUCGCAACACGCAACGCUCACAUAUCUUGGGAUUCUCAGCAUGCGUCACUUUGGCCCUCGCACUAGCUGUGUUCACUCCCUUCGUCGGCUAUCGGGGCUACAGCUUCUGGGCUGCCAUUGCCGUUGUCCUGGCCACAGCGGCUGGAUGGGGAGGAACGACGCUACUGUAUUCUGCGGUGGUGUGGGGAGAGUGGGAGAAGCGCGCCGUUCGUACCGUGAUCGAGGCCAUGGAGCUCGAAAGGAACAACCUCGCCCACAUCACAGCUGCCGAGCCUCGUGGCAGCAUGAACGGCUCAUCCGAUGAGCGCAGAGCGCUGCUCAUCUGA